CCCCCUUCUGUUUCUCCUCUCAUCUCGCUCUCAUUCUGCUUUCCUCCCACCCUCGCUCUGUUUUCCUCUCUCUUCCGCAGUUUCACACUUCCAGGCUUGCCUCUCGCAAGGCUACACGCACUGACGGCAGGAUGUCUGUUGUAAGCAUCAUUGCCAGGGAAAUCCUGGACUCUCGGGGAAACCCUACAGUGGAGGUGGACCUGAGAACCGAUAAAGGUCUGUUUAGGGCUGCGGUGCCCAGCGGAGCAUCCACAGGCAUCUACGAGGCUCUGGAACUCCGAGACGGAGACAAGAGCCGCUAUAAUGGCAAAGGUGUACUGAAGGCUGUCGGACACAUUAAUGACACUCUUGGGCCGGCCAUCAUUGCGUCUGAGAUCAGUGUGAUGGAACAGGAGAAACUGGACAACAUGAUGAUCGAAAUGGACGGCACGGAGAACAAAUCCCAGUUUGGUGCUAACGCCAUCCUGGGAGUGUCUCUUGCCAUCUGCAAGGCUGGUGCGGCAGAAAAAGGCGUCCCCCUGUACCGUCAUAUUGCUGAUCUGGCAGGAAACACAGAACUAGUGCUGCCAGUUCCUGCGUUUAACGUGAUCAACGGAGGCUCACAUGCUGGAAACAAACUGGCCAUGCAGGAGUUCAUGGUUCUUCCAGUGGGUGCGGAGUCUUUUCGUGACGCGCUGCGGGUCGGGGCUGAACUUUACCAGACCUUGAAAGGUGUCAUCAAGGAGAAAUAUGGCCAGGAUGCCACCAAUGUCGGGGACGAGGGAGGUUUCGCGCCAAAUAUCCUGGAGAACAGUGAAGCGCUUGAGUUGAUAAAGACAGCCAUAGAUAAGGCCGGAUUCACAGAUAAAGUUGUGAUCGGGAUGGAUGUAGCAGCGUCUGAGUUUUACAGUGAAGGGAAGUACGACCUUGACUUCAAGUCGCCUCCAAAUGCAGACAGACACAUCAGCAGCGACGAGCUUCUAGAGAUCUACCAGACGUUCAUCAACGACUUUCCGGUGGUGUCCAUCGAGGACCCGUUUGAUCAGGACGACUGGCCCGCUUGGACUAACAUGACAGGCUCGGUGGGGAUCCAGAUCGUUGGCGACGACCUGACUGUCACAAACCCAAAGAGGAUAGAGAAGGCAGCAGAGGACCGUGCGUGCAACUGCCUGCUGCUGAAGGUCAACCAAAUCGGCUCCGUCACAGAGGCCAUCCAAGCAUGUAAGCUGGCUCAGGCUAACGGAUGGGGUGUGAUGGUCAGCCAUCGCUCUGGAGAAACAGAAGACACUUUCAUCGCUGAUCUAGUGGUGGGACUCUGCACUGGACAGAUAAAGACAGGAGCUCCGUGUAGAUCUGAGCGUCUCGCCAAAUACAACCAACUAAUGAGGAUUGAAGAGGAACUGGGAGAUCAGGCUCGAUUCGCCGGGCACAACUUCAGAAACCCCAGCGCUCUGUGAUACCGACAUCAACACACUGAAAAAAAAAAAUCUCACAACUGACAAACAGAGUAUGUACUGCACUGAAGCGACCGACUACCCUUGAUCAUCCCCUAAAUCAUUCAAAAACAGCACUAUUUGCACUGAUAUACAAAACAACGACUUACUCAGACACUUGAAAUACGUAUUUAAACGGAACUGGACUGCGGACAGGCUUGGAUAGACCAAAUAUUAUGCACAGGGGAUCCUGGACAGACCAAUAUGUUAUGCACAAGAGAAUUACUUGAUGAAAAAAAGGGUGGAUAUGCAUGCGUAUGAUUUAGAAAACAGACCUUGAGAUUAACAAGAUGGAUUUGAACUCAGAUGGAAUAUAGGUUUAUUAUAAUCAGGUGCAAUCUUUCAAUUUAAGCUUAAGAUUUAGAUGUGAACAAUAUAUGUACAGUAAGAAUAUUGCAACAUAAUUAAUGAAAUAAAUACAGUGUAAUUUUUACGGUUCAUUGCAUGAGAACUAGGCAAAAAAUACAUCGAUUUUUGAAAAAAGAGAGGAUUAAAAGGGAAGUAGUUAGAGGAAUGUUUAGAAGGUGUAGGAUUCUGCUAAAUUGAAUAGAUUGUAGUGUUCAGAUUCGUGGUUGAGAUUGAUAAACAUGUAAGGGCGAGUAGACUUUACUCUAAAGAACAGUUUACGAAGUUUGCCCAGGGCAUUAGAUGCUUUUCAAUCAAACAAUACACUCUUUCUUAUGCUGUUAUUUGUGUCCAUCUUUGACCCAAAAGCAUGCUGAGGAAAAACUGUUAUUCCAAUAAAAUAAAAUAAAAUAAAAUAAAAUAAAAUAAAAUAAAAUAAAAUAAAAUAAAAUAAAAUAAAAUAAAAUAAAAUAAAAUAAAAUAAAAUAAAAUAAAAUAAUUCAAAUUAAAAUAAAAUGUAAAAAAUGCAAAUAAAAUAAAAAUGUACUUAAAUAUAAAGUGUUUUACUCAUUUCAGUACAAAAAAAAGAUAAAUAUUGUGUAAAAUAUAUAUUUGUUUCCACAAAAAUGCUUCAUUAUUUAAAACACCACCAAGUCUCUUUAUAUCUUUCUCACUGAGCGAAAAAUAUGUCAUAUUAUGUGACGUUAUUGUUGUCUGAAGCAUCAUAGAUCAAGAGAGCCAAAAAAAUCUAAUAAAUAAUAACAAAUAUAUAAUAAAAUAAAGAUAUAUAGAAUAAAAAAGAGAAUGAAGCAAAAUGUAAGCUCACACGUCACUUCUAAUACUCAUUAAUAUAACAUAUAAUAUAACAAAUACAUAAGUUGUCACUCAUCCGCCUGAUUUUCUCAUGCAAUGACUCUUAAAAUGUACUUAGAUCUUUUCUUUUACCCUGGAUCUUCAUUUCAAAGGGGAAGUGGAUCAUUUUUUGCCACCUUAUAUUAAAACAACUGAGCCAUUAUUAGGUGUGAUAGUUAGCAAGCUCAUAAUCAUAUUUUGAACAUUGAGGGGAUUUAUAUUUUAUAUGUUUAAUAAUAAUAAUAAUAAUAAUAAUAAUAAUGUAAAUGGUACCAUAUUCUCCAUUCAAAAAGUCAACAUUUGAAUAAAACAAAAUCUGGUUGUUUGGACAUCAUUGGACAUUCCAGUCGAUCUUUCUCUAAUAAAACAUAACAUUAGCUAUGUUUCCAUCCACGUGUUUUAGUUUAUACUAUUUAUUUAUGUGCAUUUUCAAAACCUAAGAGCAUCUUGGCGUUUUCAUCAACCGUUUUUAUGCGCAUAUCCAAAAUGGGUAUAAAACGGUUAAUGGAAACGCAAGAUGUGCUUACGUUUUGAAAAUGCGCAUAAAUGAGUAGUAUAAACUUUUUAUUUGAUGCGCAUAAACUACGAUGGAAACACUUUUAACGAACAAAUUUCAGUAUGCGCAUUAAAAAAGUCAUUCGAUUUUGUUGUAAGAGAUCAGCCGUUUCAGUAUUAGUGAUAUUAUAGUAUUAAUUACCUCCAGAACUGUCAAGAGCGUCUGUUCUCCAACGUUCCUAACGUUCAUUGCACAUCGGCAUAUGUCUUCUGAGGCGCAAGUCAUUUAUAAAAAAAAAAAAUUGUAAAAAAGAUUCACGCAGCUUCUAUCGCCACAAAUUACGUUUUUAAUUUUAAUAUUUGGCGCCAGUUAAUCUGGAAGUGUCGAUUUUCACUCAUUGGAUGGAAACGCUGCUUUAUUCACACGUCUUUAUGUCAUAUUUCUGUUUUCCGCAUAAAAUAAUAUAAAAAAUAAUAUAAUUCGCAUCUUUGGAUGGAAACUAAGCUACUGUCUUAUAUUGAAUGUUUUGCCAUUUCAAAAAUCACACCUUUCACUGUAUCAUAGAUAUAUAAACUAGAUAUUGCAUACGGGCCCUGAGCAUGCGUCAAUACCAGGACAAAAGUCAUUCACCAGCACUUAGUCAAGACUAAAGCCAAUGUGAAGAUGCUGGACUUUUGCGCUGCGAACAGGUGUAGUAACGAGCAAACAAAGCAUAAACGUAUACAUUUCAUUGGUACGAUUUCGUUUUGUACGAUUUUGUAUGUUAUGAACUUUUGUGUUCAACAAGUAACGUUAUUGAUGAUGAUAAUACAGUCACCUACGGCACUGACCAAAGGCAAAGUAGCACCAACUUGCACAAAAUUUUAGGCUUAUGCUAGUUUUUUUUUUUAAUAAAAUUAGCAAUGUAAAUAAAAUAUGAGAGGACGCUACGAAACUUGUAUUAUUGUCGCCUAAGUGAAGUAACCGCUUGUUAUUUUAUAAUUAUUUUUGCGGGGUUUUCAACUUUAAUUGAUAGGACAGUAGAGAAUAUUGACAGUAAAGUGUGGGAGCAGAGAGAGGGGAAGGAUUGGCACAGGACCACAAGGCGGGAAUCGAACUCGGGUCGCCGGAGUGCACAUGUCGACACACUAACACCGACUAACCACUAGUUUUUGAAGUAACUUAUAAAGGGUGGCUGAUAACAUAACAGUGGCUGCGCCUCAAUGUGCAUACUUUCCACCCUAAAUUAUUGAAUAUUACAAAUGUCAUGUACCCUGCGCUACCCUGUACCAAAAUGGCGGCUCUAUUGACGCAUUCCUUCUCAAAGACAACAGUCUAACUGUAGACAACAUCUAAUGUAAAUAUCUAUGUCAGUGUACAACUUUCUUCAACAUGAAUGCUAAACCCCGCCUAUUUCAAUGGCAUGCAUUUGGGGGCGUGUCUACCUGUCCGGCACCAGAAAUGACGCACUUCUCCUGCAAAAUGACUGAUCUGAGUCCAGUUCUUUAGGAAGAGAGACGCAACGAUCACAAUGACAGAUCUGAUUCAACAACUCGCACACAAACACACUCACUCACUCACUCACUCACUCACUCACAUUUGUGUAGCAACGUUCCACCAACGCACACGACUGUGUUUCUUUUCUCGUCGUUUUAUUCGUCUCUUUCCCUUUGUGUGGUUAUGACUCGGCUUGUUCCCCCUUUCCUGAACUCCUCUUCCUCCCUGAUGACUUCUCUUUUCAUCAUUUUGUGGGAUUAUUGUGGCGAAAGAAA